AUGGCGACACCUACGACAUCGUCGCUUCCUCCCCCCGUCAUCACUCCGGCCAAUCCAAUAUUGGAGAACCGGCAGUACCGUAGCGUAUACGAUGAAUGGCUCGACGAAACCGGGGGCACCGAAGGACAGUCGCCGUACUUGAGAACACCGAAGAGUCUGGCGGAGAUUCCAGCAGAGAAUCUCGGCCCCAUGACAACUACGUGGGAUGAAUCUUUAGCAUGCACUACCACCUGGACUACUGGCAAGGGCUCGGAGGUCAAACGGAUAACGGGACUAUGCCACGAAAGAUUUAACUACUACUCGCCGGCCAUCUGCCCGAUGGGCUGGCUUCCUGCCUUUCCGCCGUUUCCAGAAGCCUCUGAGACGCCCGGCGUAACAUCUACGCUCUGUUGCCCAUCGAUGAACUGCGUAUUUACGCGGCUCGCCCUCACAACAGGAACAGAGCCACCUGUCGUAACCGCCAUAAUAAUCGAAACUCCCAUCCAGGUCCGGUGGCACGAGUCAGAUCUCCCUCAACUAGAGACUGACCCGCUGGCGAACCACCCUCCAACGUGGCCCAAGUUCACCUUUGACCCUAGAUUCGCCGACUCCUGGCCGUCCCAAAGCAUGUCUACACCACUCCCUAUGCCUAUGCCUGAAAUGGAAAUAGCGCGGCGAGAGCAACCCUCGAGUUCUUACACCACACCAGCGCCAUCGGCCGUGGCGACUGAGUACGCACUUCCGCCUCCUCGGGACUCUCAGGUAGUCAGCCUCGUGCUCUGCUUCAUACCCGUGAUCCUAGCGCUCGUUGUUAGCACGAUCGGUUUCGUCUGCAUGGCCGUUCGAAAACAGGCGGCGAGAAAACGCUCAAAGAGACGCGGGAAUGUACAUUACCCGCCAUAUGUUCCCCUUAUACUAACAUGGCCGUCGCUGCUACUCCUCGCCAGUGUACUCAUCACUUCGAUCGGACUCAUUCAAAUUGCCACCGAAGUUCUGAGCCGAGACGACAGGGGCGUCCCGGAGCUCGUCACGGGCAUCAGGAUGCGCAUCCGCGCCAGACAGGCGGCAAACUCCAGUCACGACAACACCGCACCUUUGGUGCUAAAUCCCGCGGAUCCCUCGUUUGAGGGGUAUAGAUUUAUUAAGUUGAACCCCGAGCUAGGGAUCGUGCCUUAUGUACCGGAUUUCUUUUGGGACAAUAAUCCGGGGAAUCUUAUGGUGCUGGGGUGCGACGGCAGAACUCUGUUGAGUCCUCUCAGCUAUACAAAGGUUGGUUACACUAACCCGAACCCUGUACACGACGGGGGAUAUUUGUUGGGGAAUAAUAAUAAGUGGUUCGUUUUGACUCCUCGAGGGGAGGUAAUCGAAGUGGACAUGGAACGUCGCGAUCGAACGAGGGUAGGACAGACGGACCUCGCCCGCCCUGCGGGAGUCCUUGGGGUGGAAACGAACCCGGAUCAAAAGCCGCCAGAUGCUAGUGUCGGGGGCUCAAUAGAUGGCGACCCGGCCGAUGGUGACGCAGGGCCAUUAGAAGAAGACCCGCAACAUCUGAGGCCAGAUGCCGCCGCCAACGAUGGCGAGGAGAAGGAGAUUAUAGGACCGGGACAGACGAUUCUCGAUAGAGAACGGCUAGCGACUCGCGAGGAAUUGCUCAAGGAAUUUCGCGAAGCUGCCGGCCCAUUCCUCGUUCCGCCGAUCUAUUCCGGAGACCACCAAUAUUUCGCGCCUGUGUUUGGGCUAGGAGGGGGAGGCGUACGUGAUGCAUCUUCCGACGUAGGCUCUCCGCAGGAGGUCAUCGGCGUCGGCGUCGGCGUCGGCGUUGGAGACGAGAGUGAUAGAGUUGCUGCUCUCGCUGGUCUCGGUAGUCUUGGAGGUCUUGGGACCCUGGGAACGAUUCCUGGCCGAGUUGCAGUACCCGGAUCAGGGGCCGAAUUUGGGUCAGUAAAAGCCUUCGGGGGAGAAAGUUUCGCAGGAAGCGCAGAUGACGAUGCCCCUACGGAUCCUCGGAGUCGAGUUCCCGGCUCCAAAUCUCCCGUGGUGCCGCUUGGCGUAUUACCACCACCUGGCGAUUCCGCUUCUGAUCAGGAGAUUGAAGUCAGUCCUGAUAGAAUAUUUGAUGAACGACCCGGAUUUGGUCGACCUGCAUCCGGUCAGCCUGCAUCCGAUGGCCUCGCAUCUGACGGAUCUACAUCUGAUAGACCUGCGCCGCAUGGACCUGCACCUGAUGGACCAACGACCGACGAGCAGUCUAGCGGCGGCGGAACUUACUCAAAUGGAAUCCCCACCCUCUUCGUCCUAACAGAAGCAGAUUACUUCUUCGCCUCCUUCGCCCCCAACCUCCUAACCAUCAUCUUCACCAUCCCCUGGCGAAUAAUCCACCACCAAAUCGUCUCCAUGGAGCCUUUCUUCCACAUGGCCACGUCUCAAGGCAUUACCAUCAGCCACGCCUCCCGACUCCGCUACCGUCUCCUCUCAGGCUUCGUCCCGCCCUCAUCCUCGCUCUGGAACCGAGACUGGGCGAUCGCCUGGGCCGCCAUCCUCGAGUACAUCUGCGCCAUCCUGGCCCCGAUCGCCGCCGAGGCCCUCGGUAUGGGCGUUUCCGGGGAGUGCGAUGAGAGCGAUGCGAACGGGUGUAUGGUUGUUAUGGAGGUUCUGCCCCAGCUUACGAGGAUCGCGCAGGUGCUGCUUGGGACUAUGUUGGCUGCUACACUAGCCCUAGGGUAUACUAUGAUUGGGAGGACGAGUGGGCUGAGGAACGAUCCGAGGACUGUUAUUGGGGUCACGGCGCUGUUGAGGGAUGAGGAGACGCGUCGUAUACUCCACAAUGUUUCUGAGGAAGACGUAGUCACUAUCAAGGCCUUUAAAAAGAAGUUUGGUGGGGAGAAGCUCCGACUUGAUGAUUUCCUGCCGCGGAAUGGAAUGUCCGAGUAUGGAAUUACGUCGAUGAACAGCUCGUCUCCUAGCGUCGGCGGAGGGGUUUCCGGAGAAGAAGCCCCCGCGAGAGGAGGAGGUGAGCAAGCCCGACCGGGCGGUAUCGCAUCGAGUGAUGAUGAUCGGGUCGAGGACGUGACUCCAAAGCCACUGGACGUAAGGUGGAGCUGCGGCGUGUUGAUCGCUUUUGCCGCCUUUCAUAUCGGGUUGACGAUUAUGAUUCUGUACUGGCAUAUCGCGGAGCCGGAGGAUAGUCCCUUUGGGGAGUUUAUGUGGAGUCAGCGCUUCGGCGUCAGGUUUCUGUUAGCGGCGGUGGGUGUAGCAACGAACUUUGGCUGGAUGGUUGUGUUUGAUGAUGCCCUCAUCUUCAUACCGCUCUGGAACCUCGCAAAAGGAUACUGCAAAGCAGAAGACACCAUCCUCCGCCUCUACAGCACCGACCCCUACUCCGAAUUCCUCCGCUCCCUUCUCGCCCGCCGCCCCUUCACAGCUUUCCUCUCCUUCGUAUCCAUCCUCAGUGACUUCCUCCCACUCCUCCUCACUAACGUCCCCUACGCCCGCCUCCUCACCAAGAAGGCUAACCAAGCCAGCGUUAUCCUCUCUGCCGCCAUCCUCGCCAUCAUGGCCGUCACCCUCUUAGCUCUCGCCCUCUUCCUCUGGAAGUACCGGCCGAGGUUCUUCAUCCCUCUGGAGCUGCUGCGGAAGACUCCCUUGCUCGGGAUCAUGGUUUUGGCUUGUAACUCGGCUAGUACGACGGCGGCGGGGGGAGGAUUGUCUGUUAUGACGAGUGGGGAGCAGAGGGAGAGUGUGAGGAAGGCUGGGGCGUAUUAUAAGCUUAUUGGGAGGACGGGGGGCAGGUGUGGCGCGGGGAUUGAGAUGAUUGAGGGGCGGGCGGUGGGGGAUGAGAAGAGGCAGGGGAGGAAAUUCCUUGGACUUGUCUAUUCUAGAGAGAUUCAAGUUUCAACCCCUACUUCUUUAGUAGCAGAGCAUCCCUUGGAGCGUUGGUAUCCUCCUUUUCUUAAGACUGAAAAGGAUAAUCAGGAGUCCGGAGUUGAAGGAUCAACACUCAUUGUAUUCCAACACCUAAACACCUCUUUAAGCUUUGAUUCAUACCGUCCAAUCUAUAACCGCAAGAAGUGCAAGAGCGUCGGGAUGGAUAGCCAGGGCGGACAAUCCAGUCCCCCAUCGGAGGCUUCCUCCAACCCCCGAUCCGAUGUCGUGCAUCCAUCCGUUUCAGGAAGUGAUAUCACGGAAUUCUCUGAAUUUAUCCCCCAGCCGCCGGUCGAUGACGACACGGACUGGAUACCGUUCUUUGAAGAUGAUAACCCCGAGGAUUGGGUGAAUGAGGCACCCGAGCCUCUGCAGCGACUUGAUACUGCCAUCAGCGUAAACUUUAGCGCAGUCCGCCUUGAAGAGUUCACCAGGCCGAGCCUCUGCCCCGCCAUGUUCCAUCCCGUCCGGAGCCUCGACGCUGUGGAGUUCCCGGCGCAUCUUUUCAUUGUCUCAGGGGACAUGCUCAUCGAGGUCCGAGCCUUUAGCAUUGCAAUCCGCGACGCCACCGGCGCCGAGUUCCACGGCCCCAUCAUCCGACAUCCAGAGGAGCGGCGGCCACGGCCACAGGGCAUGAUUCAAUAUCCUGUCAAGGCUUACAUCUGCGGUUUGGGAGCCAGCGUGACAGUUUCUAUUCGGAGAAUGUACGUUGCAUAUCUCCGCAGCUUCGGAGGCGUUAUUACCUGGAAUUUCGACCCUGCCAUCCCCCAACCGACUACUGCGGAUUUGGAACUUUUCGUCCAGGAGGAUCCGAUCGUAGCGCAUCCGAUGGUCCGCCACGUGAACGACCUGGUCGUUUACAGAGGCCCUGGACCUUCAGAUGAUAUUCGAGAUCUUGAGAUGUGGCAGGUUUUCUCUCUUCUCUGGGACCGUAGGCGAAGACUCGCGCUGACUGUGGGCAUAAACAUCAACUACCAACCCCUCAACGCCGUCAAGCUCCACGACAUACAAGUGCACAACAUAGACGAGGCCCAGGCCGUCAGGCCCCGUCACCACUACCUACUGCAAAAGGCGUUCGAGGUUCCUGGCUUCUAUUUCCGUGGUGAAUACGGCGAGUUGCGUUGCAACGAUGACGACGGCUAUACCAUGUACUUCAGAUUUAUCAUUCCUAAGAAACACUGGCGUCUAUGGAUAACCCUCCUGGAUGCGACCAACCUCCCUGGCGUUGACCCCGCCACCGUCCGCCCAGUCGAUGUGGUUGCCGCCCGCGUGGCCACCAUUUUCGAAAUCGCAAAUACGGGCGUCUUCAACACCACCUGGUCCAUGCACACCCCCUGGUUCGGACACUGGAUCACUAUCAACCUCCAUCGGGACCGGGAUAGCUCAUGGGCUAAGUUUAUCACAACAGCGGACAUCAUAUUCGUAUUGAACCUGUUCGUCAAGGGCCGCGUCGACUACCUGGGCGGCGACUCCAGAUGGGACAGAUCUCUUCAUGGUGAAGCCGCGUACCGCUGCCAGAGGGCCGUGGACCGAUUCAUCUAUCUGAGGAGGGAGGCCGAUUCUUUGGGGUACUACACGUCGUCGGAAAACACCCUCAAUGCCAUCAGGCAGCUGUGCCGUGCCGAUAUUCGCCUGGAUCUUCAGCGCUCGUUGGGAAGGGAUAGUCCUGUUUGGGAGUUCUUUUCCCGAGAUGAGGAGAGUGGUUGGGAGCUGUUCGUUUUAUGUUGGAUUCACAACGAUUACCUUCUUUGGUGGGAGUGA